AUGCCCGUCUCCGGAUCUCUGAGCAACGUGGACUGGGAACCAAGCUUCUCCACGAUUGCUGUUCACGGCGGCCAAGAGCCCGACCCAGUCAACGGCUCCCGAGCUGUUCCUUUGUACCAAACGGCCGCCUACAACUUUACAGAUGCUGCCGAUGGCGCCAGCAAGUUUGCAUGGAGUAAAGAUGGCUACGUCUACACGCGCAUGGGAAACCCGACCAACAGCAUCUUCGAGACGCGCAUGGCGAUGCUCGAGGGCGGCGUCGGCGCCGUCGCUGCAGCUUCCGGUCACGCGGCGCAGUUCAUGGCUCUGACCAACUGCUGCGAGCCGGGUCAUAACUUUGUCAGCACCAGCUGGCUGUACGGCGGCACGUACAACCAGUUCCGGGUGUACAUGAGGAAGUUUAAAAUCGACGUCAAGUGGGUGGUUGGUAACGAGCCCGCCGACAUUGCCGCUGCCAUUGACGAGAACACGCGAUGCGUCUACAUCGAGACGAUCAGCAACCCGAAGCACAGCGUCCCGGAUAUCAAGGCCAUUGCCGAUGUGGCGCACAAGCACGGCAUGCCCCUCAUUGUCGACAAUACCUUUGGCAUGGGCGGCUACCUUUGCCAACCCAUCAAGCAGGGCGCCGACAUCGUGACGCACUCCGCUACAAAGUGGAUCGGCGGCCACGGCACAUCGAUGGGCGGUAUCGUCAUUGACGGGGGCCACUUUGACUGGAACGCGUCGGGCAAGUUCCCCGGCUUCACUGAGCCGGCGGAUGGAUAUCAUGGACUGAGAUUCUGGGAGACGUAUGGUUACAAGGCGCUCACUGCGAAGUUGCGGAUGGACAGCAUGCGUGAUUUGGGACCAUGCCUGAGUCCCUUCAAUGCGUGGCUUCUGCUCCAGGGAUUGGAGACGCUUGCGCUGAGAGGAGAGAGGCACGUGGAAAAUACGCAAAAGUUGGCCGAGUGGCUUGAGGCGCACCCCAGCAUCAACUGGGUGCUGUAUCCAGGCCUCAAGUCGCAUCCCGACUAUGAAUACGCCAAGAGGGUCUUUGCCAACGGCGCGGGUGGUGUGCUGACCUUUGGCGUUGCCGGAAACAUCGAACAAGUCCGCUCUGUCGUCGACAACCUCAAGCUCUGCUCGCACCUAGCCAACGUGGGCGACGCAAAGACGCUCAUCAUCCACCCCUGGAUGACGACGCACCAGCAGCUCCCCGAUGACGAGAAGAUCAAGGGCGGCGUGACGCCCGACCUCAUCCGCGUGUCCGUAGGCAUCGAGGGGUUCGAGGACAUCAAGAAGGACUUUGAGCAGGCAUUUGAUGCGGCGGGUUUGCCCGCGGCGACUAAGACGGGCGGUGACCCCUUUUCCAAGGCCCUGAAUCUUGUUUCGGGCGGGUUCAUGGGCAAGUCGUCGACGGGUGCGCCGAGGCCGGGGACCGAUGGGACUAUUUUAGGUGAGGCGUGA